GGUAUACAUGUAGGAGAAAUUAAGUCAGUAAAUGGCAGGUGAAGUUAUGGUGACAUGUCUAUUGUGAACAAAGAGGUCCCAAGGGCCAAGAAGAUGGAGAGGGAUUGAAGGCUUUUGGGGGGCCAGACAGGGGCCUGGGAUCUAUCUGCACUCAGGCUCCCAUGCCCCAAACCUCUCGGCAGAUGCUGAGUCCCACAUACAAACAACGCAACGAGGACUUCCGGAAAUUGUUCAGCAAGCUCCCCGAGGCAGAGCGCCUCACCGGGGAUUACUCCUGCGCCCUCCAGCGGGAGAUCCUCCUCCAGGGCCGCCUCUACCUCUCCGAGAACUGGAUAUGUUUCUACAGCAACAUCUUCCGCUGGGAGACCACAAUUUCCAUCCAGCUGAAGGAAGUGACCUGUCUGAAGAAGGAAAAGACGGCUAAACUCAUCCCCAACGCCAUUCAGAUCUGCACAGAGAGUGAGAAGCAUUUUUUUACCUCCUUUGGGGCCCGUGAUCGCUGCUUCCUCCUCCUCUUCCGCCUCUGGCAGAACGCACUGCUUGAAAAGACACUGAGUCCCCGAGAGCUUUGGCACCUGGUCCAUCAGUGCUAUGGCUCGGAGCUGGGCCUCACCAGUGAGGAUGAAGACUAUGUCUGCCCCUUGCAGCUGAAUGGUCUUGGGAGUCCCAAAGAGGUAGGGGAUGUGAUUGCACUCGGUGACAUCACCCCCUCGGGGGCGCCUGACCGCAGCCAGGAGCCAAGCCCUGUGGGUUCAAGGCGUGGCCGGGUCACCCCGAACCUCUCCCGAGCCAGCAGUGAUGCAGACCACGGGGCCGAGGAGGACAAGGAGGAGCCGACAGCCAGCCAGCUGGAUGCCUCCUCCAGCCAGACAGUGAGCCCAGAAGGAAAACCUCCAAGUACUGAGCCAGCCCCACCAGAUGGGCCCACAUCCCUGGGCCCCUUGGAUCUGCUGUCCAGAGAGGAACUAUUGACAGACACGAGUAACUCAUCUUCAUCCACUGGGGAGGAAGGUGACCUGGCCGCCCUACUUCCCGACCUCUCUGGCCGUCUCCUCAUCAACUCUGUCUUCCACGUGGGUGCCGAGCGUCUACAGCAGAUGCUCUUCUCAGACUCGCCAUUCCUCCAGGGUUUCCUGCAGCAGUGCAAGUUCACAGAUGUGACCUUGAGCCCCUGGAGCAGCGACAGCAAGUGCCACCAACGUAGAGUCCUGACCUACACUAUCCCCAUCAGCAACCCACUAGGCCCCAAGAGCGCUUCUGUGGUGGAGACCCAGACGCUGUUCCGGCGUGGCCCCCAGGCGGGCGGGUGUGUGGUGGACUCUGAGGUGCUCACCCAGGGCAUCCCGUAUCAGGACUAUUUCUACACUGCCCACCGCUACUGCAUUCUGGGUCUGGCCCGGAACAAGGCCCGGCUUCGUGUGUCCUCAGAGAUCCGUUACCGAAAGCAGCCGUGGAGCCUCGUGAAGUCUCUCAUUGAGAAGAACUCGUGGAGUGGCAUUGAAGAUUAUUUCCACCAUAUGGAGCGGGAACUCGCCAAGGCGGAGAAGCUGACCUUGGAGGAAGGAGGGAAGGAUGGUCGCGGAUUGCUCUCAGGCCUGCGGAGACGGAAACGGCCCCUGAGCUGGAGGGGGCACGGAGAUGGGCCUCAGCACCCAGACCCGGACCCCUGCACCCGGGCCAGCAUACACACCUCAGGUUCCCUCAGCUCUCGCUUCUCAGAACCGUCCAUAGAUCAGGGCCCCGGGGCGGGCAUCCCCAGCGCCCUGGUUCUCAUCAGCAUUGUCCUCAUCGUCCUCAUCGCUCUCAAUGCCCUCCUCUUUUACCGUCUCUGGGCUCUCGAGAGAACGGCCCAUACCUUUGAGUCCUGGCACAGCCUGGCACUGGCCAAGGGCAAGUUCCCCCAGACAGCUACGGAGUGGGCCGAGAUCUUGGCUCUGCAGAAGCAUUUCCACAGUGUUGAAGUACACAAGUGGAGGCGGAUCCUUCGAGCAUCCGUGGAGCUCCUGGAUGAG